GACGCUCCUUCCGAGGAUGAGGAGGGCGAGGAUGAGGAGGUCGAUGACAUGGAGGAGGACGAGGAAGACGAGGUUGAUGGUGAGGACGAUGCUCCCCCUUCCAAGAAGGCCAAGGCUGCCAAGCAGGCAAUGGAUGAUCUCUUUGAUGAGGAAGACAUUGAGGAUGACGAAGAUGACGAUGACGAAGAAGAUGAAGAUGAAUUGGCAGUUGAGCGCGCUGCGCGUGAGCUCGAGGCGGCCGAGGAAGAGGAUGCGCGUCUGGCCGAAGAGGAAUUGCAGACGAACAUUGCUGAGAGCAAGCGAUUUGUGCUGCCCAGUGGCCAGGAGAUCGAGGCGGGUGGUCGUGUGUCAGAGGAUUUGAGCGUGAUUCAAAUGCGCAUUCGUGAUAAUCUCAACACGCUCCGCAACUUCAAGGAGUUGCGCGAGGAGGGUCGCUCGCGUACCGAGUACCUGCAGGUCCUCCAAGCCGAUCUCUGCUUUUAUUACGGUUACAACGACUGCAUGAUGGAGCGCUUCAUGCAACUGUUUGGUUUGGACGAGCUGAUCGAGGCUCUCGAGGCCAACGAAGUGGAGCGACCCGUGACCAUUCGUACCAACACCCUAAAGACGCGCCGCCGUGAUCUGGCUCAGGCGCUGAUUAACCGCGGCGUGAGCCUGGAUCCCGUGGGCAAGUGGUCCAAGGUUGGCCUCGUUAUUUUUGAGUCCUCAGUGCCCAUUGGAGCCACCCCCGAGUAUCUGGCUGGACACUAUCUGGUUCAGAGUGCGUCGUCUUUCCUGCCCGUAAUGGCUUUGAGCCCACUCCCCAACGAGAAGGUUCUGGACAUGGCUGCUGCCCCCGGUGGCAAGACGACACACAUGGCCGCCAUGAUGAAGAACACGGGCAUGGUUGUGGUCAACGACUUUAACAAGGCUCGUACCAAGUCCCUCUUUGGCAACAUUCACCGUCUUGGUUGCACCAACACGGUCAUUUGCAACUAUGAUGGCCGCGAGUUUCCCAAGGUGCUGGGUGGCUUUGACCGCGUGCUCCUGGACGCGCCUUGCUCAGGCUCUGGCGUCAUUGCCAAGGAUCCUGGAGCCAAGAACAACAAGAGCGAGGAUGAUUUCAUGCGCUGUUCCACUCUCCAGAAAGAGCUCAUUCUCUCAGCCAUUGACUCUGUGGAUGCCAACUCGAAGACUGGUGGUUUCAUUGUCUACUCCACUUGCAGCAUCAUGGUUGACGAGAACGAGAGCGUAGUGGACUACGCAUUACGCAAGCGCAACGUCAAGCUUGUGGACACUGGCCUUGAUUUCGGUCGUCCUGGCUUUACAAACUUCCGUGGCAAGCGCUUCCAUCCGACGUUGGAAAAGACUCGUCGCUACUAUCCUCACGCACACAACAUGGAUGGUUUCUACGUGGCCAAGCUGCAAAAACUGAGCAACGAGAUUCCCAAGCGCCAGCCCGAUGAGGAGGAUGAAGCACCAAAAUCCAAUGGACAAGCGACAGCCGCCAAGGGCUCAGCAGCCCAGAAUGGUGCCGCCGCAGCCAACGCGGCCAAGGCCAAGCGCAAGCUGCCCAAGCCUGGCAAGGCCCGUGCUGCCCCAGCGGGCUCACUACCAUCCGCUCCCGAGGCUGACGCCGACCAGAAGACAAAGCGCAAGGUGAAGCGCCUGCAAGAUACGACUGUAGAGGUUGAAGGGCUCGAGGCAAAAUCACAUCGCCAACAACGCCAGGAGCGCAAGCAUGAGCGGCGGCAGGCAAAGCGCGGCGCUGCUGCGGCUGGUGGAUCAAACAAGGCUGCUAAGCAACGCAAGGCAGGCUCGGCAUGAGCAGAGACCCUCAGCGCGAACAAUGUUGCCCGCAGUCUUUGCAGAGUGCCCGUUCUAGCUGACCUCGCGUGGGGUGGCAGUCGCUGACCUCUAGUGCACCAACAACCUUCCUGUUGCUCGUUCUGUCAACGUGUUUCUUUUCUACCGACUCCAAAUUGACUCUUUCCCCCA